AGUAAACGUAAAACUGGUUGCACAAUCGAAAAUUGCCUAAAUUUGUACUGUUAGUGUCAAAUUCACCGGGAAAAUAUUGAUUUUAAUUUGUGUAUUAACCAUUUCAUAAUUUAAACAAGAAAACAUGUUAUUUAAAGUCACUAUUUUGCUUAUCUCCAACGUUUACGUUGCCAAUGCCGCCCUAUUUAUGUGGAGCAAUCACGAAAUAAAAGUUUCGCCGUUCGAAAAUUUUAAAACCACAGAUUUUUUAAACAUCGUAGAAAAGUUAGACAAACCCGAUGUAUUCGUAUUCAAGAGCCCAAAUCCUGUGACUAACAAUAUUAUGUCUGUUGUUAAAGGAUUUUAUUCCAUGUACAGCCCAAAUGGAGACAUUGAAAUGGAAAAUUUCGUAGAUCUCGCCGGCAACCCCGAAGAAGACCUGCAUAUCAUAAAAGAAACUAUCGGUAACUCGAUUAACUUCAUAUCAACCAUCAUCAUUCCAAAUCAAGAAGCAAUCCGUUCAAAACGAGAUACCGAAAACCAAGAGCUCGAUUUCGACGAUAUAGAAAGAGCAACCGCCUUCCCAUCACCGUCACCGCAAGAACCAGUGAUAUACAGAGGAUUCAAACUGACCAAAACUAGCGAAACUUCCUACGCUUUACUGUACUCAUCCAAACCUCUUCUGUUCAGAAGAAAUAGUUCCGAUGCCAUGGAUGUGUAUCUGGGAAACGUGGAGGACGAUAUGAUCCAGUAUGAUAAUCGGUUGAACGUUAAUAUACCGAACGGACGGGGGAAGAUAACCUUGAGGUUCAACUUUACUUGGCAGAACGGUUAUUGGUACAUGCCUUCAGUGAAGAUACAGGAUUACCAGAAUAAAGCUGAUUAUAAUUUGAUUACUAAAGACGACGUGGUGGCUCCAGCCAGGUUUUCAUACCACUGCAACGGGGAGACUAAAUUUUCAGACUCCAACGGCGUAGAGUUGAUCAUCUACGACUUGCAAGUUCAAACUGAAUCGAAGAACGGUAAAUUUGGCGACGCAAACGAUUGUGUACCGUUCACGACGGCUCCGAUAUGUUCCGGAAUUUUCAUUACUGUACUAUUAGGUAUCGGUAUGGUGAUAUCGUUGAUAUCCAUCAUGGAUAUCAAGACAAUGGAUAAGUUCGAUAAUUAUAAGACCAAAAAUUUGGCGAUUACCGUUAGCGAUUAAGAAGAAUGUUGAUGUUGUUUCGGUGUAUUCCCGCUUAUGAAUUUGUCUCUUUCUCUCUCACUCUGCCCUGUGAAUGCAUAUCAUGACAAACCGUGAUUUUUUGUCUGUGAUUUUUUAGGUGUUUAUUCAGAUAUAAAGUUCUCUACGUGUGAAAUUGUUGUUUUAUUGUUCCCAACAAACGAGACAAAUUGUCAUAAGUGUGUCGUCACGGCUUGUGUUGACAUAUGACAUAACAUAACUGUCAUUAUUGUCAAAAAAACACAUUGUUUUUGACUGGAAAUGAAGGCGUAAGACAAAUAAAAACUACUAUUAUAAAAAACUAAAACGUAUAUUUAUUUUGCAUUGUUGUUGCUUACAAAAAAAUAACAAUAAAUAAUAAAAAAAUGAAAACGAUGAUAAGGAUGAUGAUAACAAACACGAAGAGAUGAAAGGUAGGUACUUAUUCAUUUAAAAAUAUUGACAAUACGAAGGGAUCAUCAGCUGCGGGACACCAUUCGCCAGUGGUUUUUGCCAUUUUGGACAAACGGUUAUACUGAAACAAUAAUUCAAAUCAUUUAAGAUCAUGUCAUUAUGACGGCGUAUUCUUGACACAAAAAACAAACUAUUUUAUUUUGAAAAGUUUUAAAAUUUU